AUGCGUCCCGAUAUUUGGUUCUCCGGGACGGGGCUUGCUAUCAGCCUCCUCGCAGUAGGUGCCUCUGCACAAGGAUUCGAUAGCCAACUUCGGCCAUGUCCUCAGCCUUGUGCCGGCCCUCCUUCAAAUUGGACUGUCUAUACGUCCAUAGAUCGCCUUCGCGUCUGCGCGCAGCCUAUCUUAUUCGACUUUGCCAUCCAUACCCCAAUCGAUGGUCAGGAUAGGUACACAAAGCUGCGAGCCUGCACAGCAGGAGAUGCCAACGAUGUCCGGAACGCGCUCACCACAAACCGGACAAUUCACUAUCCGCGUGACGGCACCUCUUGCAUUGCCUCCGCAAGGAAGAAGACUAUGACUCUCAACGUCAAGAUGAGCGGUCGUGGCCAUGCUUCUUCUCAAGAUACCCGUUCGGCGCUGGGAAAAGUGCGAAGCUAUCUGCAAAAUUUUUGUGACGAAACUUUCAUUGUUGGCUACUCGGAAGAAGCCGUGGUGGCCGUCUACUCUGGAUCGGCAAUAGACAACAAGGCCACGAUUUCCCCGAUCCUGGACCGUCUCCCGUCUGUAGUUAGCGACUCAAAGACAGCUGUUGUCCAACUCUGCGGCCAGGGGCGGAAUUCGGAUCAUACCUUUGGCAUCGCUGUGGAUACAACGGGUGAUGUAGCUGCCGUACAAAAGGCCAUAGUGUCCUGGAGCAACGCAACAUGUUUCGACAUCAACGGUGAUGGCAUUAUGACCCGCAGCCUCGACAAGACGGUUAUUGCCGAAGCGCCUCUUCAAGAGGCCUUCCGGCUUGUCGCCAGCGAAGGAGAGUGCAGAACUAUCUCCGUCGUGUUCGGGGACUCUUGUGGUACACUGGCACAGCGAUGCGGCAUCUCAGCAAACGACUUCACGAAAUACAACCCAGACCCCAACCUCUGUCCGGGCCUUGCCGUAGGCCAACGAGUCUGCUGCUCCCCUGGCACACUGCCAGAUAUCCGGCCCAAACCCGAACAGGAUGGCUCUUGCGCUAGUUAUACUGUUAAAUCCGGCGACACAUGCUCCGCUAUUGCUGCCAGUAAUGGCCUUAAGGUGGAGGAUCUGGGAAAAUUCAACGACAAAACAAUCUGGGGUUGGUUUGGUUGCAAUUCCCUCCUGGCUGGCACUCGCAUCUGUCUUUCUUCAGGCUCUCCACCAAUGCCCGCCCCUGUGCCCAACGCGGUUUGCGGACCAAUCAAACCUGGUACCAAGGCCGACCCCAAGACAAAACUGGCGGAUUUGAAUCCCUGUGUUCUCAACUCGUGUUGCAACAUCUGGGGCCAGUGCGGCAUUACGCCAGAUUUCUGUACGGACGAGGCGGGACCAACAGGCAAUCCUGGUACGGCACCACCGGGUCACAACGGCUGCAUUUCAAACUGUGGGACUGAUAUAAAAACCGGCGACGCCGGGCCCAGCAGCUUCAUCAACAUAGGGUACUAUGAGUCCUGGAAUUUCGACCGCCCGUGCCUUAACAUGCGUGUAGAUUCAAUUCACCAGACGUUCACCCAUCUACACUGGGGAUUCGGUCUCAUCAGUCCGUCGUUCGAUAUAAGCGUCGACGAUAAACACAAGCAAUGGAAGCCAUUUACCUCACUGUAUGGUUUCAAAAAGAUCCUGUCAUUUGGCGGAUGGGGCUAUUCGACGGAACCAGCGACGUAUGAGAUAUUGCGCAAAGCGAUGAAUCCAGAAAACGUGGAUACUUUCACAGAUAACGUCAUACAAUUUAUGAAGGACAACAACUUGGACGGCGUGGACUUCGACUGGGAAUAUCCAGGUGCGCCAGAUAUUCCUGGAAUUCCACCAGGUUUGGAAACUGAUGGACCAAACUACCUCGCCAUGCUGAAGAAAGUCCGGGGAAAAUUGCCCGAGGGCAAAUCCCUUUCCAUCGCUGCGCCAGCGUCAUUCUGGUAUCUUCGGCCGUUCCCAAUCGAUGACAUGGCAAAAGAGCUAGACUAUAUCGUCUACAUGACAUACGAUCUCCACGGCCAGUGGGAUGCUGGCAACCCAUGGAGCCAGGAAGGCUGCCUGGGUGGCAACUGCUUGCGUAGCCAUGUUAACUUGACAGAGACGAAUUAUGCCCUCGCCAUGGUCACAAAAGCCGGUGUGCCUGCUAACAAAAUCGCCGUGGGUAUCUCCAGCUACGGCCGCUCAUUCGGAUUGCUCGAGGAAGGCUGCACAAGCCCUGACUGUCGAUUUAGCGGUGACCGUACUCAUUCAACCGCUAAAGAGGGUCCAUGCACCGGCACGGCGGGAUACAUCUCCAACGCGGAGAUCGACCAAAUCAUCAAUAAUAACGAUAAUGUAAAGACCUGGUAUGACAGGGAGAGCGCUUCGAACAUCAUGACGUAUGACGGCAAGGAGUGGGUUGCCUAUAUGAACGCCGCCGUUAAAAGGUCCCGCGCUGGGUACUACAGAAAGUUCAACUUCGCAGGUGUUGUAGACUGGGCAGUUGACCUAGAAUACUUCACAGGCGAUGACGGUGAUCCAGAAGGCGAGGAAGUUUUGCCUCCAGGUCCUUCACUCUCCAGAUGCGACGCCGACUAUGCAACAUUGGAAGCGCUUGAAGCUGCGGCAGGCGAUAUUCCGCAGCACUGCAAGGCCUAUUAUACCGCUAGAGCACUCUCGAACCUUCUUGAUGCGGCAGUCAAGAACUAUACCAAGAUAGUUAAUAACGGGUACAAGGGGAAGUUCAAGACGUACUCAAAGGCCGUAGCAGGCAGUGCAUCCAACAGCGUACAUGAAUUCGUGGACAAAAAUGGCGAUAAGUAUUUUACGUGCAUUAUCCCUGAGACUUCACAGUGCUGUGAGUUGUGUAUGAGGGAGCAAAAAUGGCCCUCAUAUUGUGACUAUUGCCACAAAGACGAAUGUUACUUACAAUGCGACUCGGAGCUCGGUUGUCCGCCUAACAGUUUCUACUCGCUCUUCAAUUCGAGUUCUGGGCCGCCCGACAUGCUGUACCCGAUUGAGACCCCUAACGUAAAAACUCAGAACGUGUCUGAGCCAUGUCCGCCAGAUUACUCAAAGCGCGGUGAGGGACCAAACAAUCCUUAUCAUCAGGCGGUCUACUGGACUCUGGAGAGCAACAAGGCAGACGAAUUUUACGCAGACCUCUUCACCAAAACGGGCAUCCCCAAGGAGAAGACCAAGAUCGGCAAUUAUAACCGAGGACAAAACUGCGCACCGAGCGCAGAGCCUGAUGACCUCUGCCACGCCUUCGACAUGGACUAUAACGUUCCUAUUCCAAAUGGCUACAGCGAAGCCGACGUGCUCAACCCGAUGGAAACGGUGGCCAAGGCGCUCGAGAACUCAAAAGACCUCGUGGUUCAGGUGAGAAAUGCGGUCUAUCGGCUGAAGCUCGGGAGCUAUAAUGGCGACUCCUCUGAGCUGGUAGACAGUAUUUCAGUUCCGAUACUUAUGAUCGUAAGCGGAGUGGAGAGUAUGGCGCAGGUCGAGGAGGUGGCGGAGAAGAUUGACGAAGCCAAGCGCAAGGCCCUCAUCCUGGGGUUCCUGGGCGCCAUCCUCUUCUUCGUGCCCAUCGCGGGUCAAGUAAUCGGCGCGGUAACCGAACUAUCCAGCGUUGCAGCAAUCCUGACAAUCCUAGGAACUGCCGGGGAGGUAGCGCUUGACAUAUACAGCAUCGUCGAUGAUCCCGAGAAUGCGCCGCUUGCGAUUUUCGGCUUGAUCUUGACGCCGUUGGGACUGAGUGAUCUGGCGGCAGUCGGCAAGGCGGCUGCGAUCAGACGCGGGUUGAAAGACGCCGACGUGGCCAAACUGGGAACAAAGGUGGCCGGGAAGCUGGGGUCUAUCAAGAAAGUGAUGCAGACUUGCCGCAAGGCAUGA